CGGCGCGCGGUUCAGACAGACGACUCGACGAGUAGCAGAGCUCUCUGACGGAGCGUUUUCGAGUCGUACCGCGGUUUUGUUCAGCACGGCGUUCUCUGGGUCUCGCCGCGUACGCACGAGCGACGAUGAGCCGGUGCGCACAAGCGAAGAAAGCCAAUAACGUCGGUCGGACUGCUCCCAUCGGACUGCUCCCAUCAAACGCUUGACGGCAGCGGCCGGUAACGCGGCAUCGUCGAGCUAAGCCCCGCACGGGCAUCCUCCUGCUCAACAUGGGGGGACCCGAAACAACGGACGACGUUCACGACUUCCUCAAACGCCUCUUCCUGGACAAAGACCUCAUCCCCCUGCCCGCCCAGAGUAAACUGGCUCCGUGGAUCGCCAAACGACGCACGCCCAAGAUCCAGGAGCAGUACAGCCGCAUCGGGGGCGGCUCCCCCAUCAAGUUGUGGACGAGCCGCCAGGGCGAGGGCAUGGUGCGGCUCCUUGACCACAUGUGCCCUGGCUCGGCGCCACAUAAGUUCUAUAUCGGCUUCCGCUACGUGCGGCCCCUCACGGAGGACGCCAUCGAGGAGAUGGAGCGCGACGGCAUCCAGCGGGCGGUGGCCUUCACGCAGUACCCGCAGUUCAGCUGCUCCACCACAGGGAGCAGCCUGAACGCCAUCUACCGGCACUACGAGCAGCGUGGCACGCCGCCCCGCAUGGCGUGGAGCGUCAUCGACCGCUGGCCCACGCAUCCCGGCCUCGUUAAGUGCUUCUCCGACCACAUCAAGAAGGAGCUGCAGGAGUUCCCCGCGGACGUCCGGGGAGAUGUGGUCAUCCUCUUCUCGGCGCACUCGCUGCCCAUGUCUGUAGUGAACCGCGGAGACCCGUACCCGCAGGAGGUGGCGGCGACGGUGCAGCGCGUCAUGGAGCAGCUCAACUUCAGCCACCCGUAUCGCCUGGUGUGGCAGUCGAAGGUGGGGCCCAUGCCAUGGCUCGGCCCGCAGACGGACGCCACCAUCAAGGGGCUCGCGGAGCGCGGCAACCGGCACAUGUUGCUGGUGCCCAUCGCGUUCACCACGGACCACAUCGAGACGCUGCACGAGCUGGACAUCGAGUACGCGCAGGUGCUCGCUGGAGAGUGCGGAGUGGAGAACAUCAGGAGAGCGGAGUCACUCAAUGCCAACCCUGUCUUCAUCGAGGCCAUGGCCGACCUCGUCAAGGUGCACCUGGAGUCGGGCAGCACGUGCUCACGGCAGCUGGGCCUGCGCUGCCCUCUCUGCGUGAACCCCACGUGCGGCAAAGCCAAGGAGUUUUUCGCCAACCAGAAGCUGUGACCCAGCCUCGGCCUGCUGGGGUGGGGUGGUGAGGGGGCGUGGCU